AAGGAACCAGCUAGUCACGGCUACCGAUCGCAUCACUCCGCUCACGUUCUCUCAAUGGCCAUCUGCUGACAUGUCCAGGGCUCGUGAGUUGGCCUUAUUUGAGAAAUGGACUGAUGCUGCUGCCUCAACUGCCACCAACACCUUCCCACCCCUCGCCUCACCAACCUCCCCGAAGGCAACGAAAUUCUGUUGUUGCCCGAAUCGUCGACGCUACAAUUUGAAGCAUCCCAAAGCAAAAUCUACCCUGGACGCGCGUAAUAUUUUCUUAGAUAAUGAUUUUUCGGUCAUUGAUGAUGUGGAACAACGGGAUAAUAGCAACAAUAGCAAAAGCGACAGCGCGCGAAACGGUAGCAACAGCUAUUGCCCAAACAGCGUAGCUGUAGUCAACUUAAAAGGAAUAAACGGCACCGGCCAGCGUGAAACGGGUAAGUGGCAGCAAUUGCAACAACAACAACAAAAUGAAGAGAUUGUGAAUGCCACCAAUGCUAGCAGCAACUACGCGGACGAUUACGAUGAUAUCUGUGAUGUUGUCGACAAUGCCGGAAAUUGUAGAGUGCGCCUAAUGAAUGCACAGCCACAAUUGCCAGUGAUACAGCAGCAACAACAACAAAAACAGCAACAACGUCAACUAAGUCAACUGCGAUUUGAGUUGGCAAAGCAAUGCCACAAAGCAGAUCAACAGCAGCAACGGUGGCAUGACAAAAGCUGUCAUAACAGCAGCUACGGCAAUACUAACACCAAAAGCAGCAACAACAACAGCAACAGCUGUGACAGCAACAUCUGCGAUAGUAAAUGCCAUACAAAGGCCAUUGGCAACGGUCAUAGUGGUAGCAGCGUGCUGAUUGAAUGCAAUUGUCAGCCAAAAGUGGCGGGAACAACAACAACAACCAUAUUUGCUGGCAACAAUUGUUGGGGCGCAAGUAAAAGUGAUAAAAACGUUGUCGAUGAAGGCGAUGUUGCGCUGAAACAGCAACAACAACAAUUAGCUAGCAACGCGGUAGGCAACGACAAAAGCAACAGCAACAAUAACAGCGAUCAACAAACAAUCCAAAGACUUAGCGAUAGUGAAUUUAAGUGUAACAAUAAUAAUUGUAAGGGACAACAAACACAACAACUACAACAGGAACAGUUGCAAAAUAAUUUUUGCAACAACAAAAAUAACAAAAAUAAAGGUGGUGAGUCGCCAAAGCGCUGUAAUUGUCAGCUUGACUCAUCUACAACGACACCAGCGUCAACGAAGACCACACCCGACUCGAACCGAACGAACACACAACAAAAACAAAACCAAAACAACAACAGCGAAUACACUAACGAUAGCGAGAGCGACAACAAAAUUGAUUUGCAGAAUAAAAUGACAAUAACCACAACGAAUGCGGCGAGUCGUAAGCAUUCGCGUGUCGAGUGUGGGUUGACAGUUACAGCAACCCCGACAACAACAGCAACACCAUCAACAUCAACAGUGACAACGGCAAACGGCGAGGCAAUCAACGACGCUUCUAUAGCGACCACAACGGAAAUUGCGCCCAACAGUGCGAGAAUAACAACGAACAUGGCUGGCACUACAACAGCCAGCGCAUCCGCGAACGCGCCAACGACCUCAGCAACUAUAACAACAGCCGCGGCAGUGCAAUUGCGAAACACUACCGCAUCGCCAACACCAACGUCGCGCCCAGCAACGCCCUCCCUAACAACUGUAAUCAAAACAACAAUGGUGAAGCGGACUCCUUCAACGGAAUCGUCGAAAACUCCAUCGCCAGCGACAACACCAACUACGCCAACGAAAACCAUUGUGACUGCGACGGUGACGGCUCGAGCUUACAACAGCAUAGGUGCAAAAGAAGGAGGAGCCGAGGCCAACGCACAGGAAACUCAAACAGCGUCGGCUCAGUCAAUGCCGCGCACAUCUGUGAAGCAGCGUAUUUUGGCUUUUGCCGCUGGAAAUGAACAACAAAUGCGAAAUCAUGACAACUCCAUUAAGGCGCAACAUAAAAGUAGCAACAAUAAUCAAAAGAGUAGCAGCAAAAACAUGACAACAAGUGAAGCAAAAGCGAAUGCAAUUAAUAGCGAACAUUACAAAGCGACUGCUGUUAUCAGCAGCAAUAAAUGUACGAACGAUGGAACGGAAGCCGCUACAACGACAACAUCUGCAACUACUCCAUCACCAUCAGCAUCAGCAUCUGUGAAGGCGACGGCGACAGCGGCAGACAUAGAAACCGCUGCAACACCUGCAACAAGAACCAUCAGCGCGAACUUGGCCGGCAGCACCGGUUAUGCAACCAUACCGCGCCGCAGCCUCAGCAGCAGCAACAGCAGUCACAACAGCGGCGGCAACAGCGCGAAAUGCGGAAACGGCAGUGGCAGUGGUGGCGCGUUCAACCACAAUGGCAACACAGCCAUGACAGCUGAUAAGGCGACAACGAGUGACGCGGCGGCAGACAACUGCCGCAAAUUGACCGCCACUCUGGACAAUCUCGACUUGGCUUUGGUGCGCGAUUUGACCGAUGACGACGGUGAGGACUCGUAUGCGGCAUUUCAGGAAUAUCUGGAGCGCGUAGAGCACGAAAUCAACGAAGUGUUCGAGGAGCGUCGCGCUCGGCAGCGCGCAGAACAAGCGCAACAGGCUGAUAAUGACAAUGGCACAGCUGUGCACAAUGCAGCCAACCCUAAUGAUGCAACUAUUAAUAAUUGCGACAGCAGCAUCAACAAUACGAAAGGCAACAGCGAUAACAGAUUAUCCCAGUGCGAUGUAGUUGACGCGCCAGCGCCCAGUAAGAUGACGGAAAUUACAAGUCAGCAUGCAACAAGUGCUGAGAAUGGCAACAGUCUUUCAGUGGUGUCAUCAGCAACAGACAACAUCACGCCUCGUUGCCGUACCACCACAGAACUCAAAGCUUUACCACCACCACCUCUCAGUCCCACAAUGAUUGGCUUAGAGAAUAGGCAACACGAAGAUAGCUGCAGCACUGAUGGCCGCAGUGAAGAUGCCUCAACUAGCAGCGCGCAUACCAACACCACCAGCACCACAACUCAAGAGGAUGUAAAUAUUUGGGCAAAUAAAUUUCUACGUGAUUUGGAUAACUUAAUGUCAUUGACACGUCCACUUUCGCUAAGCGCCUGUUCGUCGCCAACAUCGAAGACAUCACCACAAUUACUGUCCGCUGCCGCGACGGCCGCCAUACAGAGUCGUUAUGGUCGUUGUACAGCUGAGCGUGCGGAACAUUGUAUGGCCAAUGGACUGGUUGUGUUGCGCCCAGAGAAACAUACAACCAUUCCAUUGCAAUCAUUUAACCUUGAUUGUGGACGUCUCGAUAAUGGCAUAAAUGCCGACAACAUCAACAACAGCAGCAAUGUCAGCAGCACCCCGGUCGCCAAGCCAACUGUUGCCUAUAUGCGCACUUUAUCGGCACCGACAGCGUACCACCACCAACAACAACAACAACAACAACAACCGCAACUACCGAACGAAGUUGUCGGCAAAUCACAGGCGGCCUACAGUGGCGGCAAUGGCAAUCGCAACAAUUUAGCAACAUUUAAUGCCAAAACCGAGCAGCAUCAACAUUAUCAUAAUCUGACAAAUUUACAAUGCGGCAACGAUGCGCUAGCAACAAGUGCGCUAACAGCAACAACAACAACAACUACUAAUGCAGUAACAGAAAAAACAAGCUCGCCAACAACAGCGACAGUAUUGAAAAUUGAAGAGACAACACCAACAGCAACAACAAUACCAGCAGGUGCUGCGGCAACUAAACUGGCGACGACGACAAGUGGCAACCGUCGGCCAGCAAUGGCAAUGACAACAUUAAAUGGUUGUGUCGCCGCCCAAGAAACCGAUGAGGAAUCACUUAAAGGUAGGCGACAGCGUCAAUUGGAAAACGAUAUGGAAACAAUGCGCGCCGGCACAGCAGCAGUGACACUCUGGACACACAGAGAAAGCCAAAACCAAAACCAAAGCCAGAGCCACCAUCAGCAGCAGCAACAACAACAACAGCUGGUCAGUGGCGAUAAAAGCAGCAUUGGUGGCAACAUUAGCAGUAGCAGUGGCUUGGCGGCAAUGCUGGCAAUACCAAAACGGGAGCGCAUUAAUCAUGCGACAAUGACAACACCAAUAUCAACCAUAGCUACCACAAAACUAGCGAACACAGUGCUGCUGCCAUCUACACUGCUGACCUCAUCAGCAUCAAAGAGCAAUGGUGGCGGCGGCAACAGCGGCACAACGUCUUUGUUGUUAAAUGGCAAUGAUGUGACCAAAAAAGGAUCCACCUCAACGAUCUGGACAUCUGAGGAGUCAAUAUUGCGGAGUGUUGGCGCCGUCGAUGAAGACAAUAACUCCACUUCAUCUUCGGCAUGUGAAGAAGCCUCCGGCGUACUCAGCUCUGGCAAGUCGGGCAUUUCGCUCGACUCCUCCGGCCUGGACAAUGACAACAACGAAAGUGGCAUUGGUACGGCAACGCCACCCAAAGACAUCGCCUACUGGAAAAAUCAACAUAACGACAACGAAUCGGUGAGCAGUUUGGAUGCGCUACGUAAAAUGAAAUUCCAGAAAAGCAGUUCAGUAGCUUCCUCAGAUGAUCCAGACCUCUUAGAAGUACUCAGCUUGUGCGAUGAGCCCCAUAGUCGUGGUGAUGAAGACAUUGGCAUAAAUUGCGGCGAUGAGUCACACGAUGACAUUGACGAUCAGCGUCAUCUACAACGACCACCAACAGCUGCCACAGCUGCAGAUAAACUUAAACACAAGUUCCAACUACAACACCAGCAACAGUUGCAACAGCAUUUAUUGCGCACCUCACGUCAACGUCAACAUCAACGCACGCGACAAGAUGACAGCGAUAACGUUGACAGCAAUGAUGCGCUCGAAACGGCAGAAGCCGGCGAUGAUGGCGUUAUGGAUGUUGCCGAUUUGGCGGACGAAUAUGAUGAGGGCCACGAUGAAUUCGAAGUGGGACCCUAUUGCGAAUGUGAGUGCAAUGAUGGUGAUGCAAGCAGCGCCAGCGGCAGCGGUGGUGGCGGCAGUCGUAGCGGCUCCACAUCGGCAAAUGAUAUAGCUGCUAGCAACAGUGUGGUACUGCGUCGCAAAUUCAAUGCCACUACUACGCCAAUUAUGAUGCCCUAUGGUGGGGCAGCCGGCGCUGGUGGACGUGCACAGAAAUGUCGCAGUCACUCGCUGGAUACCUCGUCGCUACCUGCCGUCUACUAUCAAUACUCGCCACUACAGCAUCAGCAUCCACAACAGCAUCAUCCACUGACGCGUAAGUUUCAUCAACAUCUGCAUGGACGUAGCAGGGAACGUGGUCAAUUGUCGCUGGCACUGCGUCAGGAACCAUUCCAGUCUUUGCUAUCGCCGACGCACUUUGCCGAAUUACCCUCACCGAGCAGUGCAUCGCUGCACAGCGGGCACGAAAGUCUAGGCAUACAAGAACUAACGACCAAGUCAAACUCGGCGCCAUUGCUGCUAAAGCAAGAAAAGACGCGACGUGAUGAUUUUGCCGGCCAGAAGUUGACGCUGCGUUAUUCACGGUCGCAAAGUGAUCGCUACUUAGCAGAGAUCGAGGCCGUUGAAGCGUGUAAAUGGCUGCGUGCUGCCGGCUUUCCGCAAUAUGCGCAAAUGUAUGAAGAUCAUCACUUCCCCCUUGACCUGACCAACGUGGCCAAGGAUCACACCAACCUAGAGAAUGAUCAGCUGCAGUCAUUGUACCGACGUCUCUGCAUUUUAAAUCGCUGUGCCAAUAUGCGUCUCGAUCAGUCACAUAAGGCGCAAACGCCGCAGGUUUGUCAACUUUCCCUCUCUAAAUUACCCCUUAAAGUACAACACAUCAUCAACUCAUUCACGUACGAUUCAUCCCAGCAGAAGGAGGAUUCCGAUGAUGAAAACUGCGCGCUCAGCGAGAAUUGGACAUUCCAGCCGCAUAUACGUCGUUGGUCGCGCAUCGGCGAAAUGGGUCUUGAGUUGCCACCCGCUGGCAAGUUGAAUAUCGAGAAGACGGAAAGCUCAUCCAAAGAAUCCAGUCCCGAUCGUUUUGAAGAUGACAGCUACGAUAUAUCUGGUGGUGGUCUCUCCCUAACGCUACCCGGUAAUUCUACUGACCCCACCGUCAAUGAAUCAGCCGAUUCGGCAGCGGUGCGUUUACGUCGCACUGGCAGUGAACGUUUCAAGGAUGGUGCUAAGGCUUUCCUGCGCCGCGUGGAGUCGAUAAAGUCACGUCGACGAAAACGUCAAAAUCGCGAAGGUAUUGUUAUAAGUGGACCGCAAGCAUUAGACUUAUCACAGCUAGGCCAACGUGGCAGCAUGCGCAAGCCCGAUGCUGUGUAUUCCACACCACCAUCGCCAUCAGCGGUCAGCCCAAUGCACACAUUCCCGAAGGCUCCUAUAUUUGGCAAUGAACUCAAAGUACCAUCACAAAGUGAAACUUUCCUUAGUCUGAAUCGUGCGAGUCCAAAGCGUACACCAACAACACCACGUUCAAUGCGCACCAGUCCACUGCAUUUCUUUUCAACUCCGAUGCCCCAUUUGAAGGAGGGCAAAUCGGAUGAUUCCUCCUCAUAUUACAGCGAUAGCCAGGAAUCGUCGGCUGGUGGAAAAUUGUCGCUACGCAAGACACCAUCCAAAACGCGUAGAUUCUUACAGCGCACUGGUAAGGUAGAUGAUAUUGGCACACACUCGGACUCGGAAUGCCAUCACGGCAGAAAGUUGCUGAUUAAGGAUGCAAAUUCGAACACAACUGAGAUCAAGGUCAAAAAACUGACACGAGGUGGCUCUCUUAACCUAGGCAAAGACCCGAAGAAGCGCGAUGGCUUCCGCUCGUCAAGUUUCCGUUCACGUUCCAGCUCCCGCAAAGAGACAAAACCUGAUGAAUCGGACAAUGUUAAACGUAGCACACCAGUCGUGCGAUGGCAUAGCUUUCAGAUGGAGGAGCGUCCGCACAUGAUCUUCCGCAAAUGCUUCUCACAAAAGAUCGAUCCCAAUAUGAAUGACCAUGGCAUUCCAUUUGCCGCCAUGUCGGCGGGGCAGCUGCACAUUCUGCGCAAGCUAGCGUUGGUCAUACUCACUGGGUAUAUGGAACGUUAUUGCCCGACACAUCGUUCCGGCUGGAAUUGGGAACUGCCCAAGUUUAUUAAGAAAAUCAAAAUGCCGGACUACAAAGACAAGAAAGUGUUUGGAGUGCCACUACUGCUGGUGCUGCAACGCACCGGACAAACCUUGCCUAUUCCGAUACGUGCCGCCUUCCGAUGGCUGCAAGUGCGUGCGCUCGAUCAAAUCGGUCUGUUCCGAAAGAGUGGCGUCAAGUCUCGCAUUAUGAAGCUGAAAACAGAGGUUGAGCAACUAGAUUCCACAGCGCUUUGCAUGGAAGUUUAUGAUACGCAGCAGGCCUACGAUGUGGCUGACAUGUUGAAGCAGUAUUUCCGUGACCUGCCCGAAUCGCUACUCACGACAAAGAUGUCCGAAACGUUUGCGGCGAUCUUCCAGCAUCUGCCCAGGGAUGUACGUUUGGAGGCAGUGCAGUGCUCAGUACUUCUGCUACCUGACGAAAAUCGUGAAAUACUUUAUGCGUUGCUGGAGUUCCUGACGCUGGUGGCAGCCAAUGCGGAGCAAAAUCAGAUGACCGCUAACAAUUUGGCCGUGUGCUUAGCGCCAUCGCUCUUCCAUAGCAGCAUUUCCACGGGUGCUGCUUCAGUAUCAGCCUCGCCCAGACGUCGCAAGGGUGCUGGCGUGCCCGACGACAAGGAGCUGCAAGAGGCGAAAGCAUCUCACGAGUGUUUGGCUUUUAUGAUUGAGAACUACAAACGGAUAUUUACGGCGAAUAAAGAGAAGAUCAGCAAAUGUAAUUUUGGUUAUAUGGAAGAGUCGAAGCCGGUGCCACUGGAGGCACUUGGCGAAGGCAUGCAAUUCCACAACUGGCGCGGUUACUUGUACGAGUGCACGAGUGCGACCAUCAAGGAGGGCAGAGAGAAAACACGUGGCUGGUUCACAAUCUCUUCGCAAAACGACAGUAAUGUAGACAUUGCGUACAAAAAGGUCGGUGACGGUCAUCCGCUGCGUUUGUGGCGCUGCACCACUGAAGUCGAAGGACCACCGAAAGAGGUGCUGGACUACAUCAUCAAGCAGCGCGCAUCUUGGGACACAAACUUGCUUGAGAGCCAGACAGUUAAGAAGCUGGAUGAACGCACUGAAAUAUUCCAAUACGCCAUUGACGGGCAAUUGACCACCGAUUUUUGUGUGCUACGUUCAUGGCAAACAGACCUGCCACGCGGCGCUUGCGUCAUUGUGGAGACUUCCAUUGAUCACGCCAAGGCUAAGCCGAUGUAUGGCGCUAUAAGAGGUGUAGUGUUGGCUUCCCGAUACCUUAUCGAACCUUGCGGUAGCGGGCGUUCGCGUGUUAUGCAUUUGGCGCGGGUGGAUGUGAAGGGACGCACACCGGAAUGGUACAACAAGAGUUAUGGGCAUAUUUGCUCGCAUUAUUUAUCCAAAAUACGCUUGGCAUUCAAACAUGUCACCGAGGGACCGGAAAGUAAGGUGUAAAUGGAGUCAUAUCGUAUAGUAAAUGGAGGAAAAUAAAAAUGAACAAAAAUACGAAACCCGAAACACGUUAAAGACAUCACAAAACUAAAGAAAACCAGAGUACUGAUUUUUACAACCUUUUUAUCAAACUUCGAAUGUCGCAAAUCCUGUAGGCAUUUUUUUUUUACGAGUUAGAAAAUGAAACGAAACACAA